AUGUCCCUAGUCCUCGACUCCGUGAUCCCACGCCCUGCCACAGACGACUACUACAACCUUGGCACAUACAGUCGACCCAUCAUCACUACGAAUCAAGAUGCGCAGAUCUGGUUUGACCGCGGCCUCAUUUGGUGCUACGCCUUCAAUCACGCCGAAGGCUAUCGAUGCUUUGAACAGGCAAUAGCCCAAGACCGCAACUGCGCCAUCGCCUACUGGGGCCUAGCUUACGCAAUGGGACCAAACUAUAACAAAGCCUGGCGUCUGUUCGAUCCAGUGGACCUCAAGAAUAGCAUGAAGCUGUGCCAUGAGGCUGCACAGAAAGCUUUAGAGCUCUCUCAAAUAGCGUCCGUUACGCCCGUCGAGCGCGCACUUAUAGAAGCUAUGCAAACUCGCUUCCCCGUUGACCAUCCUGCCGAAGACUACGACCAGAUCAACCACGCCUACGAUGCAGCAAUGAAGAAGGUCUAUGAUCAGUUCCCAACUGAUCUCGAUGUCAUGGCUCUUUACAUAGACGCAAAGAUGCAUACGGCCCAGCGCAAGAUGUUCCACAUCAAGACUGGUCUCCCCAUCGAGACGUCUCCCGUUUACGACGUGCAGAAGCUCUUCAGAGAUGGCUUGGCCCUUCCUGGCGCAGAUACUCAUCCGGGUCUGCUUCAUUUCUGUAUUCAUUUCUGGGAAAUGUCCGCCACUCCGGCCGUUGCGCUCCCACCAGCAGACGCUCUGCGCCAUCUUGUCCCUGACGCUGGGCACCUGCAUCACAUGCCUUCUCAUCUCGAUGUUCUGGUUGGCGAUUACCGUCGCUCGGUCGACUCAAAUACUGCCGCAGUUCAAGCAGACGAGGAAUUUCUCGCCCGUGAAGGCGCAAAGAACAUGUACAGCUUCUACCGUCUUCACAACUACCAUUCGCUCGUGUACGCGGCAAUGCUCUCCGGUCAAUCCAAAAUCGCUCUAAGAGCUGUAGACCAGAUGGAAGCAUCGAUCACAGACGACGUACUUCGGGUAGACUCCCCUCCACUAGCAGACUGGCUCGAGUUCUUCAAGUCAGUACGCGUUCAUGUCUACGUCCGCUUCGGGCUCUGGAAGGAGCUCAAGGCACUCCCAAUCCCUGAAGAUCAGGACCUCUACUGCGUCACCACAGCCAUGACACACUACGGCAAAGCGGUCGCGUUCGCAGCUACGAACAACGUUCCGGAAGCACUGAAGGAACGCACUCUCUUCCAAGCGGCCGCUAAACGCGUUCCUCCCAGCCGGAAAGACUACCCGAACCUGAUCAUUGAUAUUCUAAAGGUUGCAACCGCUAUGCUAGACGGCGAGAUCGAGUACCGUCGAGGGAACUUUACGCAGGCGUUUGAGAGUCUGCGGGAAGCGAUUCGUCAUGACGAUGCGCUGAUGUAUACCGAACCUUGGGGCUGGAUGUUACCUACGCGACAUGCGUAUGCGGCCUUGUCGCUGGAGCAGGGUCAUGUGGAGGAAGCUGCGAGGGCGUAUGCGGAGGAUUUGGGUCUUGAUGCGGAAAUUACUCGAGCGCAUCAGCAUCCGAAUAAUGUGUGGGCGCUGCAUGGGUAUCAUGAGUGUUUGAUGAGGUUGGGACGCGGAGCAGAGGCACUUAUCAUUAAACAGCAGCUGGAUGUUGCUUUGAGUGUGGCUGAUGUGGAUAUUAAGUCUUCGUGCUUUUGUCGGCUGGGUGUGCAGGGAUCGCAGUGUUGUUCGUGA